UUGCAGAAAUUACCAUACCCGAAGGCGGUGGGGUUCAUCGUUACAAAUGAGUUCUGCGAGAGAUUUUCAUAUUAUGGAAUGCGAACCAUUCUGUCGCUGUACCUCCGUGACAAGCUGGGCUAUGGUGAUGACAACGCUACUGUUAUUUAUCAUGUUUUCACAAUGUUCGCUUAUUUCUUUCCCUUAUUGGGUGCCAUGAUAGCCGACGGAUGGCUGGGAAGAUUUAGGACUAUUUUCUACCUGUCCUUGGUAUACGCGACUGGAAGUGUUCUCAUAUCCGUGGCAGCGAUGCCACCUGUCAAAUUGCCGCAAUUAGAGUUCACAAUCAUAGCACUGUUCCUGAUAGCCUUUGGCACCGGCGGUAUAAAGCCCUGUGUGUCUGCGUUUGGAGGCGAUCAGUUCAAAUUGCCGGAGCAAGAGCGUUACUUGGGUUAUUUUUUCUCCCUUUUCUAUUUCGCCAUCAACGCUGGAAGUUUGAUAUCGACUUUCCUGACGCCCAUUUUGAGAGCAGAUGUUCAUUGUUUUGGUGAAAAUGAUUGUUAUUCUUUGGCUUUCGGUGUGCCCGGAGUGCUCAUGAUCGUGUCCAUAAUUUUCUUUGUGGCUGGGAAAAGGCUGUAUGUUACGAAAACACCCACGGGAAAUGUACUUGCAAAAGUAUCUCAAUGCAUCGGGCACGCUAUAGUGAAGUCGUGUAAGAGCAAAGACAAACGGGAGCAUUGGCUGGAUCGUGCGGAUGACAAAUUUGACACCAACCUCAUAGAAGAUAUAAAGGCUUUGUUGAGGGUUUUGGUGCUAUUCAUACCGCUACCUGUAUUCUGGGCUUUAUUCGACCAGCAGGGAUCAAGAUGGACAUUCCAAGCUGACAGAAUGGAACAGGAUAUUGGAAGUUGGACACUAAAAGCAGAUCAAAUGCAAGUUUUGAAUCCACUGCUUAUAUUGGUCUUCAUCCCGCUCUUUGAAGUGGCAAUAUAUCCUUUCCUGACUUGGUGCAAGCUCAUUAAGAAACCCUUGCAUAAAAUGAUCUGGGGUGGAAUUUUGGCAGCGUUUGCGUUCGUCAUAUCUGGAAUUGUUGAACUACAAUUGCUGCCAACUUACGGUACGCCUGUGUCGGAAGGUUUGGCGCAAUUGAGAUUAUACAAUGGACAAAAUUGUAAUUACACAUUGAAUUUCACUCUUGACAAUAAAACUGAGAGCUUUAUGAUUGGACCUUUGGAAUAUUAUGAAAAACUGGACAUAAGUGCACAUGAUUUUGUUGAACUGCCGUAUUCUUUGCAAGGAGAGAGAAACAGUGACUGCGAAAAUUCAGAAUUUAACGGAAAAUUUGAUUUGAAAGAAAAAGUUGCAAACUCCUUCUUUUUACGCAACGAAUCUUUGAGAGGUUUUGAAGAUAAUAAUGAGAAGGCUAUUGACGGAGUUAAUUUAAGGUUUUUAUCCAACGUUAUAUCACCUGUAUCCAUAAAUAUUGAAAGCACUAAGGGAAAUAAGACUAAAAUGGCGCUGAACAGCUCAGAUAUGUCUCAAAUACAUUUGUCUAAAGGGACUUAUAAUAUUUUGGUGGGUGAUGUAGAAGUUUUGACAGGAUAUUCAUUGAAAGCGGGUGCUGUUUAUACUUUUAACUUGUAUGAAACUAAUAACGGCUCUUAUCUGAUAAACCCUAUAAUGAUAACUCCACCCAACUCUGUUCACAUCUUGUGGCUGGUGCCGCAAUACGUGGUUAUGACUAUGGGUGAAGUGAUGUUCUCAGUGACGGGGCUGGAGUUCUCUUUCACUCAGGCACCCGCUACCAUGAAAUCCGUUUUGACCUCCGUGUGGCUACUUACUGUUGCUUUCGGCAACCUUAUUGUAGUUCUCAUAGUAGAGGGGAAAUUUUUAGACGCUCAGUGGAAGGAAUUCUUCUUGUUCGCUGGACUCAUGAUGUUGGACAUGUUUAUAUUUACAUCCAUGGCAUUUAGAUAUAAAUACGUCGAAUACAAAUCGAGCACAGAAGAAUUGGCCGUUGAAGAAAUAAGACUACCCGACAAACAGAUCAAAGAAACUUAG